AUGGAGCCUCACAAUAUACCUGCGGAUACGUCACCACCAUCAACAACCCCCUUUAGAGAAAGCGAUUCGGUGCAUCAUGAGGCGGGAACACCACGGACUUCCCAAUCCGUGUGGUCUCAGGGUAAUGAUGCGUCUGCUCAUUUGAAAACGCAAAAUGAGUACCGCAUCAAGGUCAAACAGCGUCAACAAAUUCUGGAUAGAAUCAACAUCGAACGCAUACUUCCGCAUCUUAGCAGUAUUUCCGUGCACGAGCUCGAGGCAAAAUUAUCGGUACUGGAACGUCAGUACGAAUCAUUUCACCAUCUACAAUCAGAAUUGGAGCUAAUGAACGAUGAAGAAUUCAAUCAACCACAUCGGGGUGCAUUCGAUGAAUCCUUUUGUGCAGCGCAGGCAAUCAUAGUGCAGCGCAUAAAUGUGCUUAACCCCGCACGCCGAGAAACUAUAUUCAACAGCACAGCGAUUGCAUCUCCGUCACAUCGAGUCAACCUUCCGAAACUUCAACUCACGAAAUUCAAUGGUCAUCAUCGAAAUUGGAUGGAUUUUUACAACAUGUUUUUAGCGCUCGUUCACAACAACAGCCAAUUAGCAAACAUCGAGAAGUUUCAGUACCUCCGAUCAUGUCUCGUCGACUCAGCAGCUAGCCUCAUAGAAUCGUUUGAGGUGACCGAUGAAAAUUAUAUCAAGGCGUUGGAUCUGUUACAGUCUAGAUAUGGAAACAAGCGACUAAUUGUCCAAGCUCAUAUCCAACAUAUUUUCGAAGUACAGGGAGAAACAAGGCCGAAUGCAUCAUCGAUGAGGGCGUUCAUAGACGUCGUCAAUACCAACUUACGAGCUGUGCAAUCACUAGCUUCAAAUCAGCAAGUAUCAGAUGGCAUACUCUUGCAUCUGGUAUCCUCAAAGCUCAAUACAGACACGAAGGCCAAGUGGGAGGAAGAGGUUACCCACUUGUUUGAUCAGCGAUCAACUGCCAUGAGUUUUCAACUGCCCACUUGGGAGGACUUAGCAAAAUUCUUAGAACGUCGUUGUCAAAUUGCAGAUAUUUUGGAAGCCGGGCAGCCUAAAACACUCGUACCAAGAACUCAGCUAACAACACAUAGGCACAACAAACAUGACGAAAAAUGGGCCAUGGUGAGUACCAAACAAGCAAAGUGUGAAUUUUGCAAUGCGGUUCCCCAUCAUAAUGCCUUCAAAUGCGACACGUUCCGUGCCAUGGAUCCACUUGCAAGAUAUAACUGUGUGAAAGGACUGAACUUGUGCUUGAAUUGCCUUGGAUCAGGUCAUAAAUCGAAUGAUUGUCCUUCAGUCCAUCGCUGUAAACACUGCAAUGUAAAACAUCAUACACUAUUACAUCGAAAUGAUUCAGCCAUUACCAACAUAUCACCAAGAGCAGGUUUGCUCUCAUCAUCUGCUCUUAAGGUGAGUCUCGAUCAAUCAGAAGUUAUUCUUGGAACAGCAAUUAUUCAUGUUUUUAAUUCUCGGGGAGUGAGCAUCCGAGCUCGCGCUCUGCUAGAUUCCGGAUCUCAACUGCAUUUCAUCACGGAGAAAUUGGCACAACAUUUAAGAGUAACUCGAAAGGGAGUAGAUAUCGACGUCAGUGGAAUAGGUCAAAGGAGAACAAAGGCGCAACAUUUAUGUUGCAUAACGAUUAAAUCUCUAACCGAAGAGUAUAGUGCUACCAUUGAUGCACUAAUCAUACCAUCCAUUACGUCAUGUCAACCUAGUCGUCGCAUCGAUCAGUCAACCAUUUCGAUUCCAGAUACCAUUUCCAUCGCUGAUCCGACAUUCAACAUACCAGGACAAAUUGACAUACUCAUUGGAGCAGGAUUAUUUUUUGAGAUACUUAGUAAGGGCCAAAUACGUCUCAAUGGUCCAGUAAUACAAAAUACCAAAUUUGGUUGGGUGGUUGCAGGAGCAAUUCCUGCGCACAUAACAUCAGCAGCUGAUCCAUCACCUCCAUACAAAGCAUUCACAUCAGUCACAUCAGAGUCCAUUUUAGAUAAGCUCCUGGAAAGGUUUUGGGCAAUCGAAGACAUUCCAGCAUCGUCAUCGUCGACUCUAUCAUCGGAUGAGCUCGAAUGUGAAUCCUAUUUCAGCUCUACUACUCACAGGUGUCCCGUUACCAACAAGUUCAUUGUUCGCCUUCCAUUUCGUGACGAACCGCAUCACCUGGGUUCUUCAGAAGAAACCGCAGGCAAAAGAAUGUUUUCGUUAGAAUCCAAACUGAAUCAAAACUCAAAUCUUCGCAGAGAUUACAAUGAAUUCAUGGAAGAAUAUAUCAAUAUGAAGCAUAUGAUUCCAUUUAAUUUAGAAUAUUCACCAAGAAAUCGCCUAAACUAUAUUCCCCACCACGGGGUCACAAAACUUGAUAGCUCGACUACUAAGCUGCGGGUAGUCUUUGACGCCUCCUGCAAAACCUCAAAUGGAUGUUGCCUAAACGAUAUGUUGAGAGUUGGUCCCCAGCUACAAGAUACGAUAUUUACAAUUUUGACCCGAUUCAGAAGACACAAAUAUGUCAUUAUGGCUGACAUUGCCAAAAUGUAUAGGCAAAUCUGGGUCGACGAUCGAGAUACCCAAUGGCAAUGCAUUUUCUGGCGCCCUACCUCUCAACAACCACUUACCACAUAUCAGCUACAAACAGUUACUUAUGGUACUAGUUGCGCACCGUACCUUGCGGUAAAAUGUCUACAACAGCUGGCAAUUGAUGAAGCAAAAACUUACCCAAUCGGAUCAAAUGUAACACUAAGCGACUUCUAUGUAGACAAUUUAAUAAGCGGCGCAGCUAGUAUCGGCGAGGUCAUCGAAAUCAAAAAUCAAACCAUAAACUUACUCAAUUGCGCGGGAUUUCCUUUACGAAAAUUUGCAUCGAACGCAUCCGAAAUUGUUGCCGAUAUUUUACCAGAAGACAAAGAAGAGACAAUUCGUUUCCAUGACACUGAGUUGGUAAAAACGUUAGGGUUAAAAUGGUCACCAGUUGAGGAUUGCUUUCUAUUUCAUUUGGUAGCGAAUAAUAGCGUUAAAACUACAAAGCGUUCAAUUCUAUCAAAAUUGGCAAGUUUUUUUGAUCCGAUAGGUCUCCUCAAUCCUCUGAUUGUAACAUGCAAAAUUUUGAUGCAACAACUGUGGAAGCUGAAGUCGCCAUGGGAUGAUGAGGUCCCACCCACGAUCAAGGUUCAUUGGGAACUAUUCAAUAAACAACUACCGCUUUUACAAACAUUUAAAAUACCCAGGUAUGCUAAUAUUGAUAUCAAUACUAAACUUCACGCAUUUGCAGAUGCAAGCACUAAGGCAUAUGGAGCAUGUGUGUAUGCAGCAUGGAGUGAUGCAUAUGGUGUGCAUUCGUCACUACUCUGUGCUAAAUCUCGAGUGGCACCAACGACAGAGAUUACAUUACCUAGGCUAGAACUUUGUGCAGCUCUAAUGGCCGCAGAACUGAUGUCGGCAGUUAACAACAUACUCAAUCUUCCUAGCGCAAAUGUGUACUGCUGGUCAGAUAGCACAAUUGCGCUUGCUUGGAUAGCAGGUGAACCGUCGAGAUGGAACGUUUUCGUGGCCAACAGGGUAGCAAAAAUACAGCAAUUAACGAAAACCUUUUCCUGGAAUCACGUACCAACAGACCAGAAUCCCGCUGAUAUUGUAUCACGUGGAGCAUGUGCCAGCGAACUUUUACGAAACACACUUUGGUGGCACGGACCAGAAUUUAUCCAACAGAGCUGUGAUUAUUGGCCUUCAGCAGUGCAUGUACCACAAAACGAAUUACCAGAACAGCGGCUUCAAAGAACUGCAUUAAUUGCUAUUCCAACUUCUGACUUCAUUAGUAAACACAAGUAUGUUAAUAGCUACAUGAAAUUGCUGAGAAUUUUUGCUUAUGCAACAAAGAAGCACAAGAUCUCAGAUCAGAGUGCGGUUGUCUCCAAACCUAUCAAGCAAUUCAGUGAGGUGGUAUGGGAUCAUCUUCAAAUGGCACCGGUAGACGAAACUUCCAACCGCGGCAAACCCGUGCUCGACAAAUGGUCGGAGAUUGAGGCACGACUGUCUCGCAUAAUCGUCGAUAAUAUCAUGGCAAACUUGGAGGGCCAGUUGCCAGGUUUCGACUCAGUGGAUGAGGCUCGCGGCUACCGUGUAAUCAAAUACGAAGACCAGUAUUCAUUGCAUCUCCUAACAAACGCGAUUGGCUAA